AUGACGGGCCACGCCAACGGCGUCGGCUCGGAGCUGGCUGGCCUAGUGGCCGACCAGAACCUCACGGCGGCGCUCAGGGUCCUGGAGGAGGCGAUCGGCGGCGCAGAGGCCGACUACGCCAGCGCCGCCGCGCGGCUGGCGCAGCUGCACAUAAACAAGGGCUACUGCCACCAGAGCCUGUCACUCAGCCGCAAGGCGCUCAAGGACUACGACGCCGCCCUGGCCAUCGCCCCCGGCAAUGUGAUGGCCCUCUUCCGGCGCGGCCAGGUGCUGCAAACCCUCAACAAGAAGCAGCCCUGA